AUGCUUCAACUGACGCCCGAAUUGCAAAGUCUUCUUUUUGGAUUUUCAUCAACGGAGGAAGAUACUCAACUGGAACAACACUUGGAAGAGCACCAAAGGCAACAAUAUGCACAUUCCAUCACUGAUUAUCAUUCAUCAUCAGUAAGAAAUCAUCACAUCGGCGACUUGAACAAAUUAUUUUCCGAACACAAAGUUUAUUCCGAGAAUGCUCUUGCGUUCAUGAAAAGAAAGAAAAUAGAUGCCAUACAGACAGGAAUAGAACCUUUUGAUUCUAUUGUGGGUGAGAUGAAACUUGCAGGAUCCAUUAUUGAAUUAUAUGGAAAUGAAGGACAGGGAUUAACACAAACUUGCUAUACGAGUAUUUGCCAUUUGGCCAUGCCAACUCAUUUCAAAAUUUUACAGUUUUCAGGAGAUGAGAAAACAAAACCUAGGGAAGGAUAUCAUGUAUUGUACUUUGAUUUGGAUGACAAAUUUGAUCAACACCGAUUUAUUGAAAUUAUAGAAAUGUGUAUUUUUAAAGCAUAUUUUGAUUUGAAGAAAAGGAGAGGAGAACAUAUCAAUUAUGACGAUAUUACAGAAGAGAAUGUGGUAGAAGAAGUUUUUGAAGCUUCUGAAAGUAAUUACAAAUCAUUUAUAAUGGAAAUUUUAAGCCGUAUACACGUUUUUCAUAUCGAUAAUUCAUUUCAGUUUGCGCUUGCUUUUGAAGCUUUAUACAAACGACAUUUGGAAAGUAAUAAGCUCAGAGAUAAAUAUAUUUUAGACUUGGAGGAAGAGGAUGAGAAUUUCCUCACACAACGAGCUUCUGUAGAGAAGGGAGAUAAGGACGCACUCGAGCAUCUCAACUCUUACAAGGCUAUUGUUAUUAACAGUUUAACGCAAUUUUACAAGCCAUACAAUGAACAUGAUCGAAAGAACUGGGAGAAAGCUGUCGAAUUGCUUGUUCAUUUGACACAUGGAAAGCAAAUUUUCACCCUUGCAACUGUGUAUGAUCCUUUCAGCAAAACAUCUCGUCAAAAGUAUAAUCAAAAAAGGAACACGACCUUUUACCAAGGAGCCAACAGACAAUUCAAUGAGGAUCGAUUAGCAUCUGAACUAGUACAGAUACAUCGUGACGUUUUAAAAUAUCCAACAUGGACCCAGGCUGUGAAUUAUCGUUUGCUUUUUGGAGGUGAUUAUCCAGAUUCUUCGUUGCCAGCAGGAGUUAAGUAUGCAUAUUUACAAACUCUCCAUAGUGGCAGUACUGCUUCAACGAGCCAUUUCCAAACUCCACACGGAUAUAAGGAUCUUUUCAAGAUUCAAAUCUUGGAUCAUGGCACUUUGUUUUUCAAAUAA